AUGUUAGCGGGUGGGAGGUGCGGCCGCGUUGCUACAGCCGGAGCUGGGCGGUGGCAGCGGCGGCGGCUGUGACUGUUGCGGGUGUUGCCGGAGGAAUCUCGGGGAACCCGAGGAGGUGGCGCAAUGGAGGGACUGGAAGAAAAUGGAAGUGUCCAAGUUGGAGAAUUGUUACCAUGUAAGAUUUGUGGAAGAACAUUCUUUCCAGUGGCAUUAAAAAAACAUGGACCCAUUUGCCAGAAAACUGCCACUAAAAAACGGAAGACUUUUGACUCAAGCAGACAAAGAGCUGAAGGAACUGAUAUUCCAACAGUAAAGCCUCUUAAGCCUAGGCCUGAACCACCAAAGAAACCAUCUAAUUGGAGAAGAAAACACGAAGAAUUCAUUGCCACCAUAAGGGCAGCUAAAGGCCUUGAUCAGGCACUUAAAGAAGGUGGAAAACUUCCUCCUCCUCCUCCACCUUCUUAUGAUCCUGAUUAUAUUCAGUGUCCAUAUUGCCAGAGGAGAUUUAAUGAAAAUGCAGCUGAUAGACAUAUUAAUUUCUGUAAAGAACAGGCAGCACGUAUUAGUAAUAAAGGCAAAUUUUCUACUGAUACCAAAGGAAAGGCGACUUCGCGGACACAGUAUAAGCCGCCUGCAGUUAAAAAGUCAAAUCCCCCUGGAGCUGCACCAUCAGGAUCUUCACGAUUACCGCAGCCAAGUGGCACUGGCAAAACUGUUGUAGGUGUGCCUUCAGGUAAAGUGUCCUCAGUUAGCAGCUCUUUGGGAAACAAACUUCAGACCUUAUCUCCCUCCCAUAAAGGGAUAGCAGCUCCUCAUGUAGGGCCAGAUGGAGAUUGUAUAUCUUCACUUAAUGGUGGAAACAUUAAAGGCAUGGAAGGAAAUUCAACAGGACACUUACCAAAAUUCUGCCACGAGUGUGGGACUAAAUACCCUGUAGAAUGGGCAAAGUUCUGCUGUGAAUGUGGCAUUCGAAGAAUGGUUCUGUGAACAGAGUCCCCAAAAAAGCUAAGUCUAGAAAUUUAUGACUGUUGCUGCUUGGACAGCUAAGCACUUCCUCUAGUGAUUUUAUGCUAACAUUAUUCAAAAUACUUUUUUCAGCAAUUUUGGGGGCAUAAUCUUUGGCUGUAUUAAUGUGUGUGUGUAAUAUAUAUGAAUAUAUAUACUGUAUAUAAUAAAUACCUGAUACCCCAAACUGUGCCAUUCAAGAAAAUAUUCACUCAUCUGUCAAAGUAAUUUCAAGUGGAAUCAUUAACUUAGCUAUUACUUUUCUGUUACUGUUAUUAAAGCACAUUAAGCAUACCUCCACAAAAUCAAACACUAGUGCUCAGCCCUUCAAGCUUUAGUGAUGGUCAUUACUUGGAGCAAAAAAAUCAGAACAAACAUAUUUAUUAUCAGUGCCUAUUUUCAGAUAGUAUCAUAGGAUAGGAUGCUUGAAAUUUGGAAAUGAGAAUAUUUUUAUUUACAAUUAGUUAUGUGAGGUCAUUUUGCUGUAAGCUUGUCAACAAUUAAUGUUAUUAAUAUAAAAAGAAAAAAUAACCCACAGGUCUAAGUUGUUCUUUACUCGGUGUAUCAUUAAUUUUAUAAUUUAAAGAUCUAUACUCAUUCUUUAAAUGUAAUUAUGCAGUUUCCUUUUCAGAUACCCAAGACUGAGAAAUACAAAUGUGUCUUAUUCUAGUCAUAAUGGAAUGAUUUUUUUUUACCUCUUUGUUAGUUGAAUGUAUAUUCUAUUUCUAAUUGUAUAUCUGUAUUUCACUUUUUUUCAUAACCUAUGUCUAAAGAGUCUUAUUUUACACUUCUUUCUUAUUUGCAAAGUUUGAAAAUAAUAUAAGGUGCACAAAAUUCCUUGCAAAGUUCUAUGUUUAUUUCUGUGUCUGUAAUUAGAAGAAAUUAUUUUUAAUAGAUUUUAAAACAAACCACUUCACCUAAUUAAUAAUUUGUAUAGUUAAUCAUUAGCAAUUUUUAAAUUUUAAUUUCCCUUGAAGUAUAUAGUUAGAUGUAGUUAUGAGUAGGUCAAGAGACUAUCUAAUUUUCCUACUUAUAUUUUCUUUUUGGCAUUUAAUGCCAAAACACCAUUCACAUCACAGUAAAAAACCCCACUGAAAUGCCUUGCUUUAAUGCAAUUAAACAUUCACAAAAAUGUAAUUAAACAUUCACAAAAAUGUCAUUAUAUUCUGGUUAAAAUACAGCUUUUAAUCAUUGUCACUUCCAGUGUAACAUUAUUUUGUAGAUUUCUUUGAUUGCCUGUGCAGCCGUAUUUCAUAAUUUAUUAGUAAUUUCUGUCGAAUGGAAAGAAAAGAGCUUUGAUCUUAUUAUUAAGGUAUAAACAAAUAUUUUAUAGGCAAUUUACAGCUUCAUGUUUAUGACUGAUCAACUGUAAGGUUUAAUGUAGAAAUUAGUGGCUUAUAAUUUUCUCUGAAAUUUAUUUGUGUUUAUACUUUGUAAUUGUAUUCAUUAGUUUUUGGGGUUUUAGUUUUGUGGUUUUUUUUCAUUCAGGCAUUAUAUGUAAACUUUGAGAUAAUGAGAAUUGUCAUUUUAUUUACUUUAUGGUUUCUUUCCUGACCUUUUAUUAACUUUUUUUUUCUGGUUGUCUUUAUUCAGUCAUAUUAGUCUAAAGAAAAGUCCAUUUAUUAGAAUAAGCUGUAAUAAAUUUAGGAAAAUAAUGUACAUAUUAAAUUUUCAUUUCUAUAAUAUGUUAUUCUGCCUUGUUAUAAUCAUUGGAAGAACUUCAAACUUUGUUUUACCUGGAACUGAGCACUAUCUUUUUUUUUUUUUGGCUGUUUUUUAAGACAACAUAAUUUUUGCCCAAGGAGGGGUAGAUAAAAUGAGCUUAAAUCAAAGUGGCACAUGUUUGUUUCUCACAGAAUUUUGCAGUAGCAAGUAAAUGUUACAGUGUACUACAUGGAAAAUGAGUUGGUAAAAAAAAAAAAUCAUCCAGUUCUAGAACCCAGAGA